AUGCCAAGGCCAAAAGUGAUGAAGAGAAAGGCCACCGUCGAAAAAAUUAUUCAAAAGCUCGCGAAUGACGCUGAAUCUGCCGUUGUCAUGGAUCAAAAUAAGUGGGAUACAACUUUGAACUGGGGACUCGCCCCGCUUCUCGACCAUUUCAAUCAUUCCUUGGAAGCUAACACCGAAACAUGUUACUACGACGAUCGGCUGACGAUUCGAACAUUGAGUCCGAUCGGCGAGAACAAGCAACUGUUUAUAUCUUACGGCAAUCACUCGGACUCAUUCUUGUUGUCGGAAUACGGGUUCAUUCUAGGGAACGAAAAUCCAUACAACUUGGUAGAAAUACCGACAACUACGGUGUUGGAAGAGCGAAUGCUACCGAUCGCAAAGGGUAAUGGAUUCGAAACUGGCUACGCCAUCAGCCUCUCCGGCUGUUCGUGGAGUCUUCUUCGUGCACAGUUUUUACGAUAUUGGUCUCUUUGUAACCGAAACGAGCCAUUUCCUCUGGACACAGUGUAUUCUCAAAGAUGCGGCAAGGCACGUGGCGGAAAAUUUAAAGUUCCACCUCAAGAGAAUAAUACAAGACUCGGCGAAAUUCAUGCGCAAAUCGAAAAGAUCUCGGCUUGGCCCGAAAGAUAUCGACUCUGCCCUGAAAGCGAGGAGGAUAGAACCCUCUAUGGGUUUACGUGUACAGACUACUUGCCGUGGAGGUUCGCCUCUGGGGGUGGACGUGAACUUCACUUCAACGAAGACAGAGAGAUUGAUCUCGUCAAAUUUCUCGACAACUCGAUAUCAAAGAUACCAGCGCCAGUCAAAAUCCGUGCGCAUUGGUUAGUUAUCGACGGGGUCCAGCCAAACAUUCCAGAAAAUCCAGCUCCUGCCAAGAAGCCGCCUCAUGAUCUUUCGGCAAAGAAACUACCAGAAGAUCUUGGAAAAGAAGACAAAGGAAAAGACAAAAAGAAUGAGAAGAAAGCAGGCGACAAGGGGCAGACCCAAGCGCUGGAGCAAAAGCCAUUGAUGCGCCACGAACUCUCGAUAGAACAGAUGAAGUACUAUCAAGAGAUAACGCAGGCUGCAGUUGGCAGAAACGAAGAAAUACGCAAAGAAGCUUUGAAUUCGCUGGCCGAAGAUACAGGCAUUCAUGCAAUGUUACCUCGCUUCACGAAUUUCAUUUCUGAAGGAAUCAAAUGCAAUAUAAACGAAAAUAAUCUAGCACUAAUUAUCUACCUCAUGCGUAUGGUUAAAGCUCUUCUUGACAACCCUACGCUGUCACUAGAUAUGUAUCUUCACGAAAUUAUUCCUGUCGUUAUUUCAUGCGUUGUAUCGAGACAAUUAUGCCAGAGAAUUGGCGAAAACCACUGGGCACUGAGGCAGUACGCUGCACGAGUUCUCGCUCAAAUCUCGAAAAACUUCACUACUACUACAUCGAUGCUUCAGACUAGAAUUGUGCAAUCAUUGCAGAAACCUUUGGAUCGAAGGGACGCAGCACUUGCACAACUUUACGGCUCGAUUGUGGGUUUAUCCGAGUUAGGCUCAGAUGUCACUAGAAAAAUCAUUAUUCCAAGAUUACCUAAAAUAUCCGAAAGAAUUGAAAAUCUCCAAAACGACUUACAAUCCGACCCAAUUCACUCAGAUGGACUCGAACACAUUUUGGACCAACUGCGAAAAAGAAUAUGCCCGGAAAUCAACCAAAACCAAGAACUUAUUCAAUUGGACGAAAUGAUUCACGAAUUCGGGCCUUACCUCGGCAACAAAAUGUAUAGGAAACUAAUGGGCUCAUCGGACAUGAGAUGA